UCGACUAUCAGGAGGUAAAUCAUAAUGUGAUAUACAUUUGAUUAAAGUUGUCUUUUAUAGAUAACAUAGUAUAUUUUGAGGAGUUUUUCUUUUUUUUUUAUGGCCACAGGAGGACUGCUCUGCUUCAGUGGGCUGAACUGUGUUUCUCUUCGACUUUGUACAAAGGAGUAUCUGUCUGCUCUGCUGCAGGUGGAUAACUGCGCUCAGUUUUGACAAGGUGAGGCGGAAGCGAGGAAUCCACCUGCUCGAUGUUUCCCGUUUUGCUUUGAUCACCUGAAAACCACCCGAUCAAUGGUGUCUUCAGCUGUUCAAGAUGGGCAAUUAAAUCCACCCAGUGAAUGUUGGACCCAGUGAAAUGGACCCGAGCUGACGCCCCAAAGCCCCAGCCUGCCCUCACUUUGCCCUGCUAGGCACGGGUAGAGAUGGCAGCCUGUCCGGAUGUGCUGGUCAUGCCUGGAGUUUUGGUCAGGAGUGUUUUACUGCUGGUACUGAGCAGUAAUCCUGUGUGGGGGAAUUAUACUACGCUUGCAGGGGACACCAGUAACACUAAUAACACUACUGGACCCAACAUUGCAGCUAUCGUGGCCCCCACGGUCACCCUGGGUGUUCUGGCCAUAGUGUUGGCCGUCCUCGGCUGGCUCUUCUGCGUGGUGAAAAAGAGGAGACAGACUGAAGGGACGUAUAGACCCAGUGCGGAGGAACAGUCCGGUGCACGCGGUGUGGCGGCUCCAGAUGCUUUAAAGUUACCAAAGGAGGAAAGACUCAUUUGAGAGUUUGUGCUUUAUGUCUUUGGAAAAUGUCGUACAGACAAAGACGGCAAGCGUUUGCAUAGCAUCGUUCCCACGUGAGGAGGCUCUAUGUGUUGAGCUGAGAGGACAGAUUUGAGUUUUUAUUUCAACAAGCACUGACCAGUUCCUGCAUGGCAUGAAAAAAUGCACCUGGAUGUCUGGAUCUCGCCCAUUUUAGGAACAAUUGAACAUUUCAAGGAGGUUUUGAACAUUUCCACUGCACAAAUGAUGCUUCAGUAUUUUAUCACCACUAAUAAUUUUAGUUUAGAGAUGUUUAUCUAGUUUCAGUUGACACUAACCAUGUACCAAUACUUGAUUUGAUUAAGUCUUAUAUGAAAUACUUUCACUGGCAAAAUCAAUACCAAUCCUUUACCUCAAACUUAUUUUAGUUUUUGAUACCGUAUCUUAAAUCAUGACAUGUUUCUUAGCCUUAUAAUGAUGAGUGUCAAACUCAAUUGAUUUUAUAAAGACGGAUGUAUGUUAAAAAUGUAGUUAUACUGAGCAAUUGUUUAUACUCAAGUACUCAAACUAAUUUAAAGUCACAUUAUUUCGAGAUCAUUUCAUCACUAGUGCAACAUGUGACAUUAUAAUCAAGCAGAUGUUUUACAAUGUUACAUGUUUAUUUAUGCUUUUUUCAAAUAAAUGUCUGAAAAAUA